AUGUCAACAAACCUUCCGCAGUGUCGAAGAGCCGUCACUUUUCUACACCAGAAGCCCUGCGGCAGGCAUAAUGCUGUCUCGCUGAGUGUCCUCCCGAUCCGCGACAAGUCGACACUGAGUCACACUCGACUCCGCGGCCAAGUCAAGAGAAGGAGACUGCAAGAAACUCGCCCAGAGCUCUUCACAUCGAAGCCAACAUACCUACCCCUCAACUUGGAAGCCGAGGGAGAGCCCUCAGACCUGUCCUGUCUACGACCUCCGAUCCUAGAAUAUGUGGAACAACCCAAGCCUGGCGAAGGUGGAAAGAUACCCAUUGGGCAGCGGUUGAAAUACUGGCAACGUCUCGCCACGACACACGCCAAGUUUUAUAAAGACGGCGUCGUGAGAGUGUGGCAGAACAAUAAAGAGAGGCGAAAGAUCUUGCAACGUCUAGGUCCAACAUGGGGAAAACCGGGGAAGUUGCAUAUCUGUGCCAUGCUAGGCCGGGAGCGCGAGCCCAAGGAUGGUAGACCUCCCAAAAUCACGAGGAAAGAAUACCAAUUAUGCCUGCGCACAAGGAGCGACAUUCACAGAUUGGUUCCCUUCGCGAUCGUCCUGGCUGUCUUUGGUGAAUGGACUCCUCUAGUCAUGCCCUUGGCAUUUAUUCCAGAAGUCUGCCACAGACCCAGUGACCGAAUGAAGACGGCGGAAAGGUGGUGUAAACGCCGCGACUACUUUCAUUCGAAAGCCAACAAAGAUAUCUUCUUGGCUGCGGAUAAAAAUGCGGGCGUUGAUAAGGAGAAAUCUUUAAAGGCGACCCUCAAUCGAUACCUUCUCUGGGGCUAUGUAGCCGACGCGACAUUUUGGAUCAAGCUCACUCCAUAUAUCCCACGCAGCUGGAAUGCGUACCUGGCACUUAACGGGCUCGCCUUCAUCCCUCGCCACCACGAGAUCCUCGCUGACACGGUUUUGAUUAUGCGCGAGGGUGGGUUUGGCAGACUCAGCGCGGAGGACAUCAGCGAAUACUGCAUGAAAUGUGCUUCAGCACGGUUCUACCUCGAGGCCAGGGUCGCGUUGCAAAACGGUGUCCAUCCUGCCAACGAGGCCAUGAGGAAACGCAUGGCACCUAUACUUGAACAACAUGCAAAGCAAAUGCUAGACAUUGAUUGGACCAGACUGGCCCCGAGAUUCUGGUGGAUGCAAGAACUCACUGUUCGAUCUGGAAAUGCUCCAGAUGCAUGGUACAAGACAUCCGAGGACCUUCCUGCACGCUGA